UCUAUAAGCAAUUAAUAAAUUAUUUAGAAACCUAUAAAAUUUUACCAGAACAUCAAUCCGGGUUCAGAAAGAAAAGAGGUACCAUGACUGCACUCUUAGACGUAGUUGACAACAUUCUAGCAGCUCAGGAUGUGGGUUAUAUUGGAUGUGGGCAGAAAGUACGGCAUUAUUUCCGUCUGUAUAUUUUUCUGCGCAACUUACAACUACUGAGGUGGAGAAGCUGAUUCGUGGAAGAAUAAGAGAAGCUCAGCGUGAGAAAUACGUGCCAACCAUUCUACCAUACAUAAGAUUCCGAUACUUAAACGGAGGCUUUUUAAGUGAGAUCGACUUGGAAGCAGUAUUAAGAACUAUAUACGAUUCAAAUGCUUCUGGCCUUGUUAUUUGGGGAAGUUCAUUAGAUGUAAAUACUCCAGAAAAAUGCUAUGAUUUAUUGGAUUUCGUUGAAUAUACACUUGGACCAUUAAUUUCAAAAUACACCGAAACUACAAAGACAAACCUUUUGGUAGAUAUCGUUGCAGGUCCAUCAACAUCGCUAGUAGCAGAAAAUCAGUUGACCUCGACGAAGCCGUUCAAAGUGUAUUGGAAUGUCCCCACAAUGAAAUGUGUAACACAAAAUAUAUACUUUGAUUAUAUCUUCGAAAAAUUCGGCAUAAUACCACACACACAAGACGAAAUAGUAAUGCUCUUGAAACCUGGAAAUUUUCCUUCUAUUUCUUUAAGUAGUGGAGAAGUAUUUAAUGGUGGUGUUCCACAAAAUGGCGACUUGGAUCGUUAUUUGGCCGCGUUUAUGGCGACAGUCGAUUAUAAAAUACCAAAUGCAAAUUUUACUGGUAUAGCAGUAAUAGAUUUCGGUGAAUGGCGACCGUUGUUGAACCACAAUGUCGAUGAACUACAACGCUAUAAGGAUAAGACGAACUCCGUGGAAGCAGAGCUACACCCGGCGUGGCCCAACAAAUGGAUAACUUAUGAGGGCAAAUAUCGCUUCGAAAAAUCAGCCAGAGCUUUCAUGGAGAUGACGCUACGGUUUGCGAAGAAAAUGAGACCGAAAGCGACAUGGGGAUAUUUCGGCUAUCCAUACUGUUACGAUAUGAAAGCUCCCAACAACUGCACUUUGGAAAAUAACCAGUGA